CUCGCUGCCCGGCGGCAGCAGUGGUCUCGCGGGUCGCCGGGGCGCAUCCGCGCGGCGCCUGGCUCUUUGCAACCUGUUCCCAGCGCGCGGGGCGCGGGCGGGUGGCUGCCCGCCGUCUGGGGCGGGGGACGUGGUUUUCCUUCCCCCGGGAGACCUCGGCGCGCCCUGGAGCCAGCCGCCUGGAAGGAUGUAAAUAACAGCGCGAUUGUUACCUGGAAGGCGACGGUCCCCGCGCGAGGAGAAGCGAGGGGCUGCGUCCCGGAGCGUGGUCCAUUCACAGUCAGGUGUGAGUUGUAACUUUUCAAGGUCAGCCCUCCGGAGCAGCCGCUUCCUCCUCGGACCUUUGGGGGUACCGAGCGCUCGGGCUGGAUUUGGCGAAGGACAUGGCUCACGUGCGAGAACUGUAGGGAGGUGGCGACCCCAAGACCCGUCCGGUCACCUCCCCGUAGCCUCUACCACCUCCCCCGCCCGCCAUCCCCCACCCCCCGGGCGGGGGUGAGGAGUGACAUGUGUCUCACUCGCACCAGGAACUUGGGCUCCGGGUGUUGAGCCUGAGCGGUCGCCGCGCUGCCCGGGGCGCCCACGCCGAGCCAUGCGGGUCCUGGGCGCGCCUCUCGCCGGCGCCGCGCGGCUGCUGCUCCUACUGCUACUCGAGGUCUCCCCGGCCGCUGCCCUGGGGGCCGCUCCGGAGCCGCCGAGGGAAACUUGUGUCGGGGAGUGCCCUGCUCGGACCCAGCGCCGCCGCAGGGACGUUUGGGGGACUGGGGAUUCUGGCAAAGACGGUCUGCGAGCCGGUGCGCCCCGGCGGGAGGAGGAGCUGCAGGCGGCUGUGCGCGCGGUCCCCUCCAGUGACCUGUCGGCAGCCCCGGGCGGUGACCCAGGUGUGGCUAGAGGGGCGGAAGCGGAGCCAGCGACCACCGGGCCCGCGGGAUCCCCGGCCGGGUGGCCGGGCGUUCGGAGGACCUGGAAGGGGGUCCAGGGCCAGGAAGCCCCUGGCGCGUUGGGCAUGGGGCACCUCGUGCGCUCCCCGAAGACCCCAGAGAAGGAAGGGAAGGGUGUCAGGGGCGCUGGCUUUUCGGGGCACAGCCCAGAUCAGAGGGUGGGGAGCGAACUCUUUUACCGGCCGAAGAGAGCCGGGAAUCCCCAGGGCUCCCACGGCGAACCCCCACCCAAGUCUGCUAGUGGACCCGCGGGGCACGAAGGGCGGACCUUGGCACCUCCCGGCAGGGCGCUGGCCCAGAAUGGAUCUUCGGGUGAAGGGGUCCUGGAUAGUGGCGGGCCCCGGCGAGGGAACAACACCAGCCGGCGUGUGCGACUCAAGAACCCCUUCUACCCGCUGACCCAGGAGUCCUAUGGCGCCUACGCGGUCAUGUGCUUGUCGGUGGUGAUCUUUGGGACCGGCAUCAUUGGCAACCUGGCGGUGAUGUGCAUCGUGUGUCACAACUACUACAUGAGGAGCAUCUCAAACUCCCUCUUGGCCAACCUGGCCUUCUGGGACUUCCUCAUCAUCUUCUUCUGCCUUCCGCUUGUCAUCUUCCAUGAACUGACCAAGAAGUGGCUGCUAGAGGACUUCUCCUGCAAGAUCGUGCCAUAUAUUGAGGUCACUUCUCUCGGCGUCACCACGUUCACCCUGUGUGCUCUCUGCAUAGACCGCUUCCGCGCCGCCACGAACGUCCAGAUGUACUACGAGAUGAUCGAAAACUGUUCCUCCACCGCCGCCAAGCUCGCCGUCAUCUGGGUGGGUGCGCUCCUGCUGGCUCUCCCGGAGGUGGUCCUGCGCCAGCUGAGCCAGGAGGACGUGGGGCCGGGCGGCCGCGCGCCCGCGCAGCGGUGCGUGAUCAAGGUCUCCCCGGAUUUGCCGGACACCAUCUACGUCCUCGCGCUCACCUACGACAGCGCGCGACUCUGGUGGUACUUCGGCUGCUACUUCUGUUUGCCCACGCUCUUCACCAUCACCUGCUCGCUGGUGACGGCGCGGAAAAUCCGCCAGGCGGAGAAGGCCUGCACGCGUGGGAACAAGCGGCAGAUUCAGCUGGAGAGCCAGAUGAACUGCACGGUGGUGGCGCUGACCAUUUUGUACGGCUUUUGCAUCAUUCCCGAGAACAUCUGCAACAUCGUCACCGCCUACAUGGCCACGGGCGUCUCGCAGCAGACGAUGGACCUCCUGAGUAUCAUCAGCCAGUUCCUUUUGUUCUUUAAGUCGUGCGUCACACCAGUCCUGCUCUUCUGUCUUUGCAAACCCUUCAGCCGGGCCUUUAGGGAGUGCUGCUGCUGCUGCUGCGAUGAGUGCAUCCCGAAGUCCUCCACGGCCACCAGUGACGACAACGACAACGAGUACACCACGGAGCUCGAACUCUCGCCCUUCAGCACCAUACGCCGAGAGAUGUCCACCUUUGCAUCGGUCGGGACUCACUGCUGAAGGCCCUGCGUCUGGGUCUCUGAGACGCAAUGCUGUUUGCUUUCCAUGUCCUGGGAACAUUUUCAUGUCCUGCCUUUUCCUGUCCUUGCCAGGGAAGAUACAAAAAAGAAAAACACAGCAUUAACUCUGGUCGCACCGGUUUUGCAAAUUAAUCUUUGUGCUUUAAAAAAAAUUGUUCAUAUGGAGUUAUUUUAUGAAAAGCAGGGAGGCCAAUAGGGUUAGGUCCUUUUAUCCGGACGUGGUGCUAAUCUUUUAUUUUAGAAAAGUUACUGCACCUUAACUUAAUUCAUUGCUAGUGUUUUGGGUUUCUUUGGACAGUCUGGUCACUGUACAUUGAUUAGAGCCAUGUGAUUUUGCAGGUGAUUUGAUGUCUGAGGUGUGAUUCCAUAUUGUACGUGGUAUGGUGAGCUCAUCUGUAGUUAGAAGCCUUCACAAAGUAGCCCCAAAUAAAUUACACUUUAUUCUUUAAUGCCAUUGUCAAUCUCCUUUUAACCCGAGAUACAAUAAAUGUUUUAACUGCCUUAAAGACACAGUUGCGGUCUAUGCACAAGUUAAACUUGGCCUUAUAGUUCUGUAAUUACACUUUCCUUUGGGGCAGGUGUUGACUAUGUAUUACAGAGGUUGGCCCUUCUAGAACUCUUUUCUAUAUGCAUGACUCAUCAAGCUAUAUUGUAUGUUAAAGCAAAGCUGUAUUUUUAAUACUCAGAUACUACAGAUGUAAAUUACUUCCAAAUAUUUAUAAAAUACAAAUAAAUGGUAGAGUUCCCCUAAAACCAAACCCAUUGCCAUCUAGUUGAUUCUGACUCACAGCGACUCUAGGACGAGGACACAGGUUUGCCAAGAUGGUAAUCGUUACAGAAUCAGAUGGCCACAUCUUUUUUCCUCAAAGUGUGUUCACGCCCCAGAUUUCUAGGUCAGCAGCUGAACUCCUUAACCACGGCGUCACCAUGACCCCUUUAAAAAGCAGAUAAGGAAAAAAGUAUCCUUUUUUUCCUAUCAGUCCCUUCUGCCCUAGUACAGAGAGCCUCAGGUUUUCCCAAGAGGAAUUCUGGGCAGAAUCACAGGCUACAGAGCGAUGAAUGCACUGGUCAUAUGAUCUCCUAUGAAUGCUGCCCUUAGAAGCACUGUGAGCCUUCGGGGGAAGCCGUUUGAUUUUUAAUGUUUCUCCUUUUAAAAUUUGAAUGUGAUUAAAUCCUUAUGGCUUUGCUUCUGUAAGCAGAAUAAAAAUACAGUAGGGAAAUUAUAUCUUGGUUGACCAGUAACCAGUUGCCCUGUGGUUAAUUCUGACUGAUGGCCAUCCGUGUGUCUCAUAGAAUUGCACUCCAUAACGUUUUCAAAGCUGUGGCCUUUCAAGAGUAGAUUCAAAGCAAAACAAAUCAAGAAAAAGAGAACCCACCAUCAUUGUGUGGUUUCUGGCUCAUUGAAAAACAUUGCCAGCAUUUUCUCAUGAGUUGCCUCUAGCUGGGUUUGACCUACUAGCCUUUCAGUUAGUAAUCCAGCACUUUACUGGUUCCCAGACCCAGGGAUGCCUACAAGCCUUGGUUAGAACGCUCAAGUAGUUAAUACAACCUGGAACUUGACAUGUAAAAAGCUGCCAAUAAACGAACUAACCCUUCUCUUGGAA